UCGCUCCCUCACCGUGACCCGGGGAGCGGGACACUUUUUGCAGCGUGCGGGCUAUAAGGAGGAGGGAGUGGCGCUGUAACAGAGAGGAGAGAAACUCCACGCGCAGACAGACAGUGUGGCACGGACGGCAGCGCCCGGGAUAACGUGAUUAUAAGGCUCUAUUAGAGCUCCGCUCCUCGGCUCAACUAGAUGCGACGCAGAGAUCAGGGCGUGCGGGGAGAGUCAGGAGGGGAACAGGCUCCGUUCGCCACAUGGAUCUCCUCUGCCUCUCACUGAUUUGCCUAAAGAAGUUACCUGCUCACAGUUUUUUCAGUGAGCGGGUGCUCCGCCACUGGAGAGGCUGUGUGACAGUUUCUUCACUAAGAUAAAGUGCCAUCCUUAUAAAACGAUAAGGGCUUCUCCCUGAAGAGGCAGCGCACAAUGAAGAGGAAAAAUCUGGGAAAGUCUCAGAGGAGUGAUUCCCUUCCUUUCUUUUUCAGCCCUGCUGUCAGCUACUAGUUGAGUCCAUCCUGGUGGGUGAUAUUUGCUAACCUCAGGUGAACUCACACAGGAAGUGAGCCACUCUGCUGCGAUGGAGUUCGACAACGAGACCCACCAGAACUUUACAGGCAUGGACUCCUACAAUUUGGAGGUGGCUCUGCCGCUCAGCGUGCUGGUGGGGUUCAUGAUCCUGCUCAUAGUGUUUGGCAACGUGCUGGUGGUCAUCGCUGUGUUUACAAGCCGGGCUCUGCGAGCGCCGCAAAACCUGUUCUUGGUGUCCCUGGCGUCGGCUGACAUUCUAGUGGCGACCCUGGUGAUGCCCUUCUCCCUGGCCAAUGAGCUGAUGGGAUACUGGUACUUCGGUGAGGUGUGGUGUGAGAUAUAUCUCGCACUUGAUGUUCUCUUCUGCACUGCUUCCAUCGCCCACCUCUGCGCCAUCAGUUUGGACCGCUACUGGUCCAUCACCCAGGCCAUUGAGUACAACUUGAAGAGGACGCCACGCCGCAUCAAGAGCAUCAUCUUCAUUGUGUGGGUUAUCGCCGCCAUUAUCUCCUUCCCACCCCUGAUCACCAUGGAGAAGAAAAACCAAAAGGAAUUUCCCACGUGUGGGAUCAAUAAUGACAAGUGGUACGUUGUUUCCUCCUGCAUCGGCUCCUUCUUCCUGCCAUGCAUCAUCAUGGUGCUGGUCUACAUACGGAUCUACCAAAUCGCCAAAAAGAGGACACGGGCGCCACCAGGAGACCGGAAGCGGGAAGACGCUGUAAAGUCAGCCAAUGUUGGCGCUGUCAAUCCAAAAGAAAAUGGUGUGGGCGAUGCUGAGGAUCCCCUCUGCCACGAGAAGCUCAAUGGUGAACGGGAUAUCGAGCUAAAGGAAGGACUGAGAGGAGCACGGGGAGCUGAUGAAGUGAAAGGCGAGGUCAAUGGGGUGGACCUGGAGGAGUCAUCCUCUUCAGACCACAAGGUGAAUAAUCCAUGUUCCAUUAAAAAGAAAUCAAAAAAGGGGAAAACCAGAUUGAGCCAAAUCAAACCGGGGGACGCUAACGCCCCAAAGCAGGCACCAAGCACCAAGGCCAGUCGCUGGAAGGGCCGGCAGAACCGAGAGAAACGAUUUACUUUCGUCCUGGCUGUGGUUAUUGGAGUCUUUGUCAUUUGCUGGUUUCCCUUUUUCUUUACGUACAUGCUGAUGACGCUGUGCGAGUCCUGCCAUGUGCCCAUGACUCUGUUCAAGUUCUUCUUCUGGUUUGGCUACUGUAACAGUGCCCUGAACCCUCUUAUUUACACCAUCUUCAACAACGACUUCAGAAGGUCAUUCAAAAAGAUCCUGUGCAAAAGGGACAAUAGAAGAUACGUAUAAUUCAGUUUUCUUUUUUUUUUUUUGUAUCGUAUCGUGUACAUAUGUUGGUAAACAUCUUGCCCAUUGUGCAUGGACCAGCAGUUUGUGAUCGGUUUCUGUGUUGCUGCCCAGGAGCAGCUUUUUGUGCAGCAGCAUCCUUCGAAAGCAUUCACCAGCCACAGCUUUAACACAAGCAGAACCACCACAGUGAUUUUCAUUGUAACUGCAAUUCUUACUUUAGAUUUUUUUUACAUCAUAGUGAUCUUCAUGACAUGUUUUAAAUUUGUAUGUUGUACAACUUGACCCAUUUGAGUAUUUGUCUAUUUUCCUUUUUUUAAUGGAUGCAGUACUGUGCUUUUAUUUUUAUUUUUGUAUAAUGUGAUGAAAAUGACACAAAGGAUGCUGAUUAUAACUUAUGGUCAUACUGCAGACUCUAAGAAUAAAUAAAGACCAUUUCCUGAAAUGGUUCCAUGCAUUAAUAGGAAAGAUCAGAGUCAUGAUUUACCAUCGAUGUGUCUUUACUUUGAACAGCACCUGUUCACACAAUGAAUGAAGGCAUCUGGGAAGUGAAGGGGGAUGCAACAGUGACAGAAAAGUUGAAAGUUGUUUUGAAAAUGUAAUCAAGGCUCCCUGGUGUGAACGGAUCCUUCCU